AUGCUGAAGUCCGUCGCGGCGCAAAUAGCGAGACAUACGACACUAUCGAGACGGCACCUGACGCCAGAAAUCGCGCUGCGUUUGGUGACGCCCUCGUGCCCACUUUGGUCGGCACCAGCCGAGGAGAGCCCGUUCCGGGAUCCGUUCUGGGCAAGCGACUGCGAGGAGCGGCUUCGUGUUAUCGAAAAUCAACGAAAAGAACACCGACACAACCAAUGCAACGAAGUUGGCGACGUGGAAUUAUUUAAAAGAAAUCAUUACAAACUUGCAAUACAAGCCUCGAAGAUAAACGCGGAGAUGAAUGGAGUUGCUAUUGAAACUAGCACGGAUAACAUGAUAGGAAGUGAUGUAACAGAGUUCGACGUUGCAUUAAUCGGCGAUAUGUUCUACGACGAGGAAUUCUCAAACGUUCUCUUCGAGUGGCUGAAAAUUUUGAGUGGAGUCGGUAAGAUGGUGGGU